AUGGGCACAGACUUCACUCAGGACGCCCUGCUACAUUUCCUCCAGUGCAACGGGGGCUCGGUGAAAAACACCGACCUGAUUCUGCACUUCAAAGACUUCAUUAGGGACAACCCGGACCAGAAACGAAACCGGGAGCUCUUCAAGAAGUUUGUGAACUCCGUGGCCACCGUGCGACAGGUGGAGGGAGUCUCUUAUGUGGUCCUCAGGAAGAAAUUCAAGGGAUAUGUUCCCGGCAACGGCGAAGGGGGCUCUUCGGAGAGACUUCCCGCUGCGAAGGGAACCGAUACCUGCCCGGAAAACGGAGAGACGCCUCGGCAGAAACCAGAGCUCAGGGAGGUUACAACACCCGCCCCUCCGGGAGUCACCGCCGGGAAAACAAGCCUACCUGUGGCCGGGAUCAUGCCCUACAACAACAACACGGUGCAGAAGAAUCUGAACGUGAGACAGCAGCAGGUGAGCAGCACACCUGACGUCUGCGGUAGACCAGCAGCAGUGAGUCAGACCCCCGCUGAGCCCCCGGCCCAACAUCUGAUUACCCAAACAAGAGACCCCUCAUCUUCAUCAGGAGCCUCCUCUUCAUCACAAUCAGGUGCCUCCUCUUCGUCAGACCCUUCCUCUUCAUCAGGGGGCUCCUCUUCCUCAGACCCCUCCUCUUCAUCAAGUGCCUCCUCUUCAUCAGACCCCUCCUCUUCAUCAGGAGCCUCCUCUUCAUCACAAUCAGGUGCCUCCUCUUCGUCAGACCCUUCCUCUUCAUCAGAGGGCUCCUCUUCCUCAGACCCCUCUUCUUCAUCAAGUGCCUCCUCUUCGUCAGACCCCUCCUCUUCAUCAGGAGCCUCCUCUUCAGCAGUUGCCUUUAAUUCAUCACAAUCGGACCCCUCCUCUUCCUCAGAAUUCAUCACAAUCAGGAGCCUCUUCUUCAUCAGGAGCCUCCUCUCCAUCGGACCCCUCCUCUUCCUCAGGUACCUCCUUUUUGUCAAGAACCCCCUCUUCGUCAGGAGCCUCCUCUUCAUCGACCCCCUCCUCUUCGUCAGGAGCCUCAUCUUCAUCGAACCCCUCCUCUUCAUCGAACCCCCUCUUCAUCAGAACCCUGCUCUUCAUCAAGUGCCUCCUCUUCAUCAGACACCUUUUCUUCAUCAGGUACCUCCUCUUCAUCAGAAUCAGGUGCCUCCUCUUCGCCAAGGGCCUCCUCCUCAACAGACCCCUCCUCUUCAUCAGACCCCUGUGCUGCUGCAGAGUGCCCCACGCCUUGCGAGACACCGGCCGAGCUAUAAAUCUGCCCUCUCUUAUGAUGAGGAUGAGGAAGAGGAGGAGGUCCAGGUGAGGCGGGGGUCAGCAGUAGGAGCGUGGCCCUUGAGCUAUCCUCUCGGAGGCUUGGGGAAUGCCCUCUCCACCUCCUCGCCCUGCAUCAUAGAUCAGCAGGCUUCUCCUCCUAUAUCCUCCUCCUCCUCUCCCUCUUAUUCACCAGAAAGGAAGCUCCCCAAGAUCUACGUCCAGGAAGCGGAGGAGGAGAGGUUGCAGGGAAGACGGGGGCCAGCGUCAGGGCCGACACCUGGGUCUGUUUCGGGCGAGGUGUCCUCCACCAGACGCAGCCUCCCUUUAGAGGCAGAGCGCUACACGCCGUCGUCUGACCGAGCGACAGAGCUGGUGCCUCGCCGUGACGGGCCCCGAUACGGUAAGCCUGCAGCGUUCCGACAGGGGCCCCAUCAGAGCAGAGGUCAGGGGCUCUCCUCCAGCCACAGCAGCCUCUUCUCCCCCUCCUCUGACCCGGACUUCUCCAGAGGAUCCGGGUGGAACAGCAGCUGUGAUGAGCUACAAGCUAAAGCAGGUGCGGCUAGGGGCGGGUCUCAAAUCCAGGAAGUCAUCCAGAGAACCCAAGGGAGUCAUUUAGAGUCGGUGACGCAACACGCCGACAGUAAAACAACGGGGCCUCGUCAUCCUACCGGCCAUCUCCAUGACAACCAGGAGCCAACGGGUUAUUUGUCACCGUUCUAUCACUCAACCGACCAUCUCCAUGACGACCAAGUGGUGCCCUGGCAUCUUUCCACAGGUGAUCUCUGCGACGACCGAGAAGACGCAGAGUCGAGCGAGGGCUCCACCUCCUCGCAGCCGCGGCGGGGUGCCGCUCGGCGAAUCAGCAGCCGGCUGAGGAGCAGGAUGUGCCGCAGCCUCGGAGCCGACCUGGACCAGUUGCUCCAGGAGGACGCGCGGGCGGGAGGGGGGAGCGAGGCGGCCCGGCUGAACCGCCUCCACCUGAUCUCAUCGUCACUCAGCCUGCGCUACGACCUGUCCAACUCCUCCCUGUCUUCCUGCUCCACUCCCCCCAGCUGCCACAGCUUCGCAGACCUGGGGGAGGUCAAAGGAGGGAGAAGGAGCUCCCCCGGCGCCCCCUCCUCUUCCACCGCGGAACAGGAAGGGCCCAAUCGAAAACCAUUGGUUCCUCUGGAGCCCAAGGAGCACGUCUGGCUGGUGAAGGGGGCGGCGGGGGCCUGGCCCGACAUCUACACACUCUUCAGAGAGGACUCGUCCCUGCUCAACAGGCAGGACUUCAUCUCCGGCUUCACUGUGCUGCACUGGAUCGCUAAGCACGGCGACCACCGAGUCCUCAACACCUUAUGGUACGGAGUUCAGAAGGCCGGUCUGACCUUCGACGUGAAUGCCAGGUCGACAUGCGGCCACACGCCCCUCCAUAUCGCUGCCAUGCACGGCCACAAGAACAUCAUGCGGCUGCUGGUGACCAAGUUCGGCGCCGACGUGAAGCUGAGGGACACGGCGGGGAAGAAGCCCUGGCAGUACCUGAGCCGCACCACGGCCCCGGACGUCUUCCAGCUGCUGGGAGCUCCGGCCCGGGCUGCAGGGGGGGAAGGAGGAGGAGUCGGGACGGAAGACCCCAGCGGGAAGCAGCGCCAGACCCAACCCCGCCGCCGCCGGCAUCACCUCUCCUUCGCCUCCUCCUCCUCCGAGAGGCCGCUGACCGGGACGGGCACCACCAGGGUCAAGAGGUCGUCGUCCAUAGCUGCGUUCCUAAAACACAAAUCACUGCAGACCUUCUACCGAAACCAGUCUGACUCCUCCGUCUAAGAACUGAUGAACUGGGAUUUGGAUUGGUUUACUGACUUUUGCUGUGUUGCAAUGUUGAGUACCCCAAAGUUUUAUAUUAGAAAUGAGUGGGAAGGGUCCCCAGCACAUAGAAACUGCUGGAUGCUAACAUGCACAUGUUGGGCAAUUUGCACAAUUAGCACAAGUUGCAUUAAUUAGCAUAUUCAGACAAUAGCUACACAAUUGAUUGGCUGAUUUGGACCAUCUUGGUGUGGUUUUGGAGGUUAUUGAGGAUGUUGAAUCUAUUUGUAACAUUGAGAUUCAGAAAUCGUAGUUUUGAGUACCUUAAACUUUAAAAAUGGUCCCAAAAUUCAUCAAAAUCAGUCCACGGGGAGAACAAAUAUGGCCACUUUCUGCCAUUUUGGUCCUGAAUACUUCAGAAAUGUAUUCAGCAUCCUCAAUAACCUUCAGAACCACUCCAAAAUUGUCAAAACUAUGGUCUGCAUAUGCUUAUUAAUGCAACUUCUGCUAAUUGUGCUAAUUGCCCAACAUAUGAAAGUUAGCAUCCAGCAGUUUCUAUGUGCUGGGGACCCGUACUGUACUUUUCUAUCAUAAAACUUUAGGGUAAUCUACAUUUCCAGGUUCACUAUAGGUCUGUAUGAGCUGACAACUAGACCAUAGCUUCGGUUUGCAUCUGUUGCUCCUCAACACUGUCAAAAGCCUCGUUUAGAAAAAGGAAUUCUAAUUACUGCAACAACAAGAAGCUCUCGUUUCUGCACCGGAGCGUUCAGUUUCACAGGAUCUGAAUGCCAAAGAAAUGAGUGUUUGACAAAGAAUGCUGGAUCUGAGACGCGUGAUGGAUGGAGUGAGGUGUUGGCACAUUCGCAGAUCGGCAGUGGGGAUCUGUUUUCAGUCGAUGUGAGAAGACAAAAAAGAAACGGCCUUAUGAGAAACUUGAGCUCCAGUUUCAGUCAAAGCUUAACUCAGACGGACAGCAACAGAUUUGAUUUCACUUAUUUGCGAGAUGUGUCUUACACUCCUUACCCAAACGAUCCACCUGUGUUCAGAUCUCCUUUUACACAGCCUUUAGUUUCAGUUUUUCUAGGAGAAUGAACUUGCAGUGGGAUUAACUUUAGGGAAGUAGUGGACAAAACAUCAUGAACACCUGCACAAUAGAAACGAAUCAUACAACACACCAUGACUUUGUUCUGGCACUGAAGCAGAAGUUAGGUGGCUAAUUUGCAAAGAUGAUCACAACUAGGGUCUACUUUUGAUAGUUUAGUCCAUGACUUUGUAAGUAGUAUCAACUGAUCUGUAAAACCGGAUUCAAUUCACAAUGAAUCAUGAAAAAGCAGUCUUUAAAUCUUGUUUAUGAGCAAUGUGCUAAUCAGGAAAAGAGUCAUUCAGCUGGAAAAAAAUGACCAAUUACCUAAAGAAACCACAUUGUAAUGAUUGGGUUUGUCCAGAUUAAGCAAUGAAGUUAUGACAUGUUAAUUGCUCGUUAGUGGAUGAUGAUGCUUUUGAACAAAGCUUAACCCUAGUUUCCUAUUAUGGAUAAAUCGUGCCAAUAUUCUCUAAAACGUCCACAAAAGUCACGAUACUCCUUAUAAAUAAGUGAGUACAGUGUUGUAAAUAAUGACAGAAGUUAUUACAAGCUACAAAGAGCUAAGCUGUAAUAUUUCUGAACCAAUGGCUGGUGAGGGUGUGGUAAAGGGUUGCACUUCGUUCAGGAUUUGAUGUAAAAACACAGGUGUUGUUCUUUAGCACUAACCACUCACUUUGUAUAUGAUUGCGCUCUUAAGUUUACUGCAGUAUGCUACAUGUAUUUUGUAAAGUAUUUUCACAUCACAAAGUAUUAAAUGUUUAGAAGUUU